AAGGCCUACUGAAAUGAAAUUUUUUUAUUUAAACGGGGAUAGCAGAUCUAUUCUAUGUGUCAUACUUGAUCAUUUCGCGAUAUUGCCAUAUUUUUGCUGAAAGGAUUUAGAAUAGAAAAACGACGAUAAAGAUAGCAACUUUUGGUAUCUGACAAAAAAAAGCCUUGCCCCUACCGGAAGUAGCGUGACGUGGACAAUUGAACAUAUCCGCAAAGCUCCCUAUUGUUUGCAAUGAUGGCCGCCAGAUCUGAGAGCGAUUCUGACCGAGAUAGCGACGAUUUCUCCAUUAAUUUGAGCGAGGAUGAAAGAUUUGUGGAUGAGGAAAGUGCAAGUGAAGGACUAGUGGGGAGUGGAAGCGAUUCAGAUAGGGAAGAAGCUGUGAGAGGGAUAGAGCCAUAUCGCUUUGAACCCGACGCUGAUGAAGACGGUCAGGAGGACGCUGCUGCUAUUGAUGCUGGAGGAGCACACGACAUAGAUCGCCUUGAGAAUACAGAAUGGUGUACAUGUCAAAACUGUGUGAACAUGGAGACAGUGGCUGAGUGUGUCUGCUGUAGUGAAAUAGAGGCAGUGACCAGAACGAUGGAGGAGGAGGGGGUGAAGACGUGCAUCAUAGACCACCAUGGCUUUCCAUCUGUGUGUCUGGAUGAAUGGGUGCUGCAGACAGCGUAUAACGCCUACAAACAGCAAUAUGGCAUGCUGCAGCAACAGCAAAAUGAGCGGAGACGACACACAGCCUAUCGACAGUUUGUCCGCUUCUGCUGGGGAUAUCUGGGAAAGGACAUAAGGGUGGUACUACCAGCUUGUGUAGUACAUAAGAUUAGGACAACAUUCCCAUCGAUGGACUACACGGGGUUCCAAGACGUGCAGUGACUGCAACAGAAUCUACAUGGCCACUGUACUUAAUCAAUAAAAUCAAUCAAUCAAUCAAUCAGUCAAUCAAUCAAUGUUUAUUUAUAUAGCACUAAAUCACAAAUGUCUCAAAGGGCUGUACAAGCCACAACGACAUCCUCGGUACAGAGCCCACACACGGGCAAGGAAAACUCACCCCAGUAGGACGUCGAUGUGA